GAAUCCAAAAUGGCGAUGGCGAUUUAAUCAUAGAGAUUUAAACAAGUGAAUUGAAACAAUAUUUCACAAUGAGAAAUGACAACGAUAUGUCGAUAUGGAUAAUUGGUUGGGUUGGUUUGAUCACCAUCCUAACCAUUGGAACGUUUGGUUUAUGGUGGUCAUUUCUUAUUGUUUUAAAUUGUAUUUUUUGUCUUGCUGGAUUUGGUGCUGUAUUAUGGUAUGUUGGGUCAAGAACAGCAAAGCGAUUCUUAGCACGUUCUUUGAAAGGAAAUCUUGGCUUACCAAAAACUGGUCUGCCUUCUCUCAUAAAGAAAGUUGAACAGGAACAGUUUCGAAGUUAUAAAAUGGACAAACGAUUAACUGGUGCCAGUAUUAUCGAUGAACCAUUGCAAGAGGUUAUUGAAUAUUUCUUCCGUGACUAUAUACGAUAUUGGUAUGAUGAAGUCAGUCAACAUGAAGAAUUCCCGUAUGAUUUAAGACAAACUUUACAGAAAGUAUUGAUUGCUUUGUUUAGCAGGUCAAAAGAUGUGGAGUGGAUGCCAUUUCUGACCGUAAGACUUGUUGAUGAUUUUGCGGCUCAUCUCAAGCUCUUUAAAUUGGCUGUAGAGCAUUGUGAUAAACAGAAAGAGGAGGAGAAUCAAAUGGAAUCUGUGUUUUUCCAAAAAGAACAUGAGAUGCUUCAAGCUAUGUGUCGUGGUGAUAUAUGUUUGAAUCAAGAAGAAGAAAAAGAAUAUCUGAGGACCGUCAGCGAUAUUUUGCUUUACAUUCUGUUGCCCCCUGAAGAUUUUCACAACAAACCAUUUCGGUUCCUUCUCAGGGAAGUAAUUGCUUGCAAUGUUUUACUUCCAACAGUGGAAAUGGUUUGCGAUCCUGAUUAUAUCAACCAGACUAUCGUUAUCUGGUGCCAAGAGAAUUCCUUUAAUGUCGAAGCAUUUCUUUCAAUCAUAAGAUCAAGUGAUAGUGUCAGUGAUGUUGAGGAAAUCAAGGCUCGUGUUCGUGAUGAGAUAACAAAACUUAGGUCUCAUGAUUCUGAGUCCACAGGUGACGCAAUCAUGACUAUCCGUCAACAAUUAAGUAGUAUGUUGUUUGUAAUGAAGAUUUGUGAAGCUCGAAUUAAAAGCUUAAAAACUGGAGAUGACGAUACUUCGGUACUUCAUCAGGAGGGUCCUGAUAUGCCAAAUCGUUUUUUGCCAGUGAAUCAAAACUUGCCAGUCUUGCCGUUGCAAGACAUAUUGGAUAAUAACACGGCCUUGUCUUAUUUCAUUGAAUUCAUCGGUUGGGUGGGAGGACAAGAGAUCCUGUUUUUCUGGUUAGCAAUCGAAAGUUUCCGUGUGACUGCAGAACAGCAAUUAUCAAUUCAUGCUGAGAAAGAACUGCGCGACCAAGCAGCCGGGCACAGGGAUACUUUGAGAUUUUCUGAUGUGGAGUCUGUCCGUGAAGCAGCAUUGAGUAUUUAUGAUCAAUAUCUCUCACCAACGGCAACUCCCCAAGUUGAGCUUGAUGAAAAGUUGGUAAAACAAACGUUAUCGAAGAUAAAGAACCAACCACCAUCUGCAGAUUUCUUUGACGCACUUCAAAAGCAGUCGUUUAACAAGUUAGAACAACAGAAUAUUUAUGGUUCGUUUCUUAAAAGUCAGAUCUACAUGAAGUGUCUCAUCGAUUUGGGAUUUUUUAAAGAAAAGUCAGAUGAAACUGAAUCUUUAUCAGGAACACCUAGUGAAGGUUCAGAUGAAACACACAGCCGACCAAGAACAGAUAGUUGUUCGAGUAUUGACAGUUUAAAUUCAUUAUGGACGCGAGAUGAAGAAAUAAGAGUCACAGCGAACAUUUCACGAACAGGCCUAUGUCGUAAUGAUGGUAAAUCAUAUGGUAUCUACGAAAUUUCUGUAUACCGAGCUAGCUCUGAGGGCACGGUUACCUGGACCAUUGCAAGACGAUUCAGUGAUUUUGAUGACCUUCAUCUCAAGCUCAAGGAAAAGUUCGGCUCCAAUUCCUUGGGUGAUCUUCACUUACCAAAGAAGAAUCCUUUCCGAAAUACAGAUAGAAGCUUUUUGGAGAAACGCAAACAAGAUUUAGAUUGUUAUUUACAGAAACUCUUGUCUCCUGAAUUACUGGAUGCAAAUCCUGGAAUGUUUGAGAUUGUAUCAAAUUUCCUAGAAAUUGGAAAGUAUGUUCAGGAAAAGGGGCAAUUUGCUAGAAAGGUUGCUCCUAUUCGUUCCUCUGUUCAUAAUAUGUCACAUGCGAUAAAGAAUGUUCCCGAGGGGAUCACUGGUGGAUUACACCGAGUUUCUGGUGGCCUUCAUAGAGUUUUAGCAAAGAACAAAACAGGAAGUUUUAAUCAGAAAUCUGGUGCAGUCGAUGAAUACAGUAAAAUAUCAGCAAAUAUUGAUAAUGACGAUGAUGACAAUAUUCCGUUACGAAUUCUGCUCCUGUUAAUGGAUGAGGUUUUUGAUUUGAAACACAGAAAUUUGUGGCUAAGACGGAGAAUUAUUAUAAUGUUAAAGCAGAUCAUAAAAACGACAUUUGGAGAUCGGAUUAACCGAAAGAUCGUCGACUCUGUCGAAUGGAUGACGUCGUUUGAACAGUUGGCAGAAUAUGUUCGUCUGUUCAGAGAUGCAUAUUGGCCUGAUGGUAUCCUUGCUGAAGAAUAUCCUGAAAGAUCUGAAUCUGUGAAGCUUCGUACACGAGUAACAGCUAAAACUAUGAUGCUUGGCAGCCUUCCAGAUGAUUUAAAGAGAUUCCUUGGUAGCGAAGUCAGUAAAGAUGGAGUAUUCAGAGUUUUCAACACAUUCCAAUACCCUGAAUUAAACAAAAGACUGCUAUACGUAAUUUCUGAAGGGUUUCUAGAACAGUUAUUUCCGGAAAAGAAUUUUCCAGAAAUAUUUCGUAAACUCCAUACAAAAGAACAUAAAUCUGUGAGGACCACAUCUGACCCAUGAUGGACUAUUUUACGAUUGACGAGUUUUAGAUGCAGUUUUUAAAGCCGUGUUGUCAACCCGAAAGUUAUCAUCGUGAGGGAAGAGGGCGUUGAGAAAUAUGCCAUUGUUAGAGGGAAUAGCAACUAAUUCGGUAGAGAAACUUUGCAAAUCAUAAACCGAACCUAACCCUAAGGAUUAAAUCCGUGAAUUCUGGAAUCUUGACCUGGAAUUAUCUGAAUGAGAUCACAAUCUCGUUUCCCGAGCCUGUAUUAACCAUAAACCAAACUCGUAUUCAGAAGUCAGGGUCGUUGGUAGAAGCUUAAUUUUUGUGUAUACUGGUAGAUUUGUCUUAUAACUGACUGGUUUCUUUUGUACACUAUUGUUACUACGGUAUAUAAACCUGCAUCUAUGAAUAUACACCCCCCCCGAAUUACAUCAAAAUACAUUCAUAGAAAUAGCCAUUAAUACAUUAAAUGAAA